UUUAGGCAAUCGAUGCGAGCGUUGUAUAUAAAGAUGACCGACUUUUUCACAAUCUUGCGCCAGCCACUGCCUACAGAAAAGUAACUAGAUGGUACUCCCCUUCCGAUAGCUACAUACAGAUAGAAGAUGUGCAGCAACCACUGGCAUGUGACAAGGAUGCCCAGCUAGACCUCCUUUAUUCCACUCCAAGUGACACAAAUUAUAACUUUUAUAUAAUGGUUAUGUCCAGAGGACGCGUAAUUUAUACAACAAGUAAGCGACACGUGUUUUCAUCAGAAGAUGCUGUUCUGCUGACCCCUUCUGACCCUGACCAAUAUCUGAAAGUACAACAGGUCCUCACAACCACGCCACGUCCCAGAAGUAAGUGUGCAGCUUUAUUUACUCCAAUUCCAAAGUUUAAUAAUGUAACAAUCCAUCCCCGAACUCCAGUGACAACAGUGCGAACCACUCCUAUACCUAUACUAUCCCGCAAACGACGAAAUACAAAGUCUUGUAAAGACAAUAGAGGGAGGUUGUUUGAUAACGGGUCAAACUUUGCCCCCAACAUAUCAAACCCAUGCUGGAUGUGCGACUGCGUCAAUGGAGCGCCCAAAUAUUGUACCAUGGCGAUGUGUGACGAGCCGCCGUGUAGGAACUAUAAGCUCAUUGAGGGAACCUGUUGUGGCUUUACUUGUCCUGAUCAUUAUUAUGAAGAGACUGAAACACAGGGAAGUUGCCUGGACCAUAGUGGAAAGACCAUAAAUAACGGAGAUAUUUUCUCUCCAAACCGAACCGACCCUUGCCGUAUGUGUACAUGUGAGAAUGGAGCAGAGACUAAUUGUAACUAUAUGUUGUGUGAUGCCCCUCCCUGUGAAAAGUACGAGUUAGUAGAGGGCACCUGUUGUGGCUUUAUUUGCCUGGACGAGGGAAAUCCAGAAACACAGGGAAGUUGCCUGGACCAUAGUGGAAAAACUGUUAACAACGGAGAUGUUUACUCCCCAAACCGAACCGACCCUUGCCGUAUGUGUACAUGUGAGAAUGGAACAGAGACUAAUUGCAAUAUUAUCUACUGUGAUGUCCCUACCUGUGAAAAGUACGAGCUAGUAGAGGGCACUUGUUGUGGCUUUAUUUGCCUGGACGCGGAAACCCUAGAGGAAAAGAGUUGUAAGGAUAACCUUGGGAACCCAGUGUCUGAAGGAUCCCUAUACACAGAUCCCUUAGAUCCUUGCCUGGAAUGUCUUUGUGAAAAUGGAAACGUGCUCUGUGAUUAUAAAAUGUGUCAACCCUCAAAAUGUCGUAAUUUCCAAAAGGUUGAAGGAACCUGUUGUGACAUCAUUUGUUUAGAUGACGUAGUUACUAAGAGCAGUUUUAUUGGCCGUGUCCAGAUAAACAUUCCUAUUACAGCUAGAUUUGCUCCUGAGUCUCGGAUCAUUAUUUAUUACAUAAGGAGUGAUGGUGAAGUCGUUUCCAGUAGUAAAACCCUACAAGUGGAAAAAUGUUUUGACAAUAAGGUAAAUAUGGAAUUUGUGAAGAAGUCUAUCAGGCCUGGGACCAAUGCAACUAUCCGUGUGUCGGCAGAUCCGCAGUCAUCCUGUUCCAUUGGUGUUGUGGACAAAAGUAUCGAUCUAUUGAAAGCUGGGCAUCAGAUGACUAAAGAAAAGUUUUACAGUUUACUGUCUACAGAAAUGGACCAUAUCCAUUAUUAUCCAAGGGACUGCAACAGAGAUAGGAAAAAAACAGAUAUGAACCCUUUUCCAGAAUUGUUAAGACACCCAUCAGAGGUUCCUGUGGAUGCCUACAGACCAUUCCAGACUUUUGGAUUACGAGUUUUUACGAAUCUGGUAUUGAAGACAACGCCUUGUAUUGAUUACAUUUAUCCUCAAGUUAUGUAUAGUAGAGUGGAGAAUGCUAUCGACUAUGAAAUGCCAUCUGCAGGAAACACAGCUGGUGAAAAAGUCCGAAGUUUCUUCCCUGAAACCUGGCUUUGGGAAAUAGAUAUCAUCGGAAAUUCCGGAGAAAACACUCUGGUACGGGAGAUUCCAGACACCAUUACAGAAUGGAAAGGGAACGCCAUAUGUUUGAACACUGCUUCUGGGAUUGGAAUUUCUCCAGUUUCCGGUAUAAAGGCAUUCCAGCCAUUCUUUCUGUCAUUCACACUUCCGUAUUCAGCGGUACGAAACGAGGUGGUACCUGUUCUUGUGACUGUAUUCAACUAUUUAACGGAAUGUCUGGUGAUGAGGGUGACACUAGUAGCCUCAACAGAAUACAGCCUGGAGAGUGCUGCCUAUAUGCGGACACGGACUUUGUGUGUUUGUGGUGGAAAGUCAGAAACUUUACGUUACCUCGUCACUCCGCUUAAGAUCGGCAAAAUCAGCAUUCAAACAGAGGCCGAGUCCAUUGCUGAUGAUGGCACGUGCGGUAACAGUGUCGUCAGUAGGGAGGGCUCUGGAGUGUUCGAUGCGGUCCGCCGGGAACUUCCUGUGGACGCUGAGGGAAUAGAACAGGAAUACACAUAUUCUUCAUACCUGUGUCCCACAGGUGAACCAAGUUUAACACUGACGGAAAAAAUAAAACUACAGAUUCCAACAAACAGAAUUCAGGACUCGGAAAGAGGGGUUAUCAAUGUUAUUGGUGAUGUGAUGGGUCCUGCUCUUACAAACCUUAAGGACUUACUUAGGAUGCCCUACGGUUGUGGAGAACAGAACAUGGCCUCUUUUGCGCCCAAUAUAUUUGUUUUGCAGUAUUUUUACAACACAAACCAAGAUGUGAGCAUGAUUUUGGACGAUGCUUUGAGAUAUAUGAGAGUAGGUUAUCAGAGACAACUAAACUACAGACAUUCUGACGGCUCCUACUCAGCGUUUGGUGAGAAGGAUGGAAACAGUGGAAGCACGUGGCUCACAGCCUUUGUUGUGAAGUGCCUUGGUCAGUCUAAGAAAUAUAUUGACAUUGACGAAGCAGAUCUAAAUACCAGCAUAUCCUGGUUUAGGUUACAGCAAAAUGAGGUGGGAUGUUUUCCUAAAGUGGGUUACACACACAGCUAUUACCUUAAAGGAGGAUGGGGGAAAGGAAAUGAUUCUGAGGGAACACUGACGGCUUUUGUUCUGAUCGCCAUGCUGGAAGCUGGUCUCCCAAAAUCUGAUCCUGCAGUACUUGGUGCUUUGCGUUGCCUUGAUCUUCAAGAUGUGACAGACACCUAUAUGUUGAGUUUGAUGGCGUAUGCAUACUCUCUCUAUGACGUACGGUCUUCUAGAAGGCUUGAAAUCAUGGCCUUAUUGCGGUCUAAACUGAAAAGAGAAGGAGAGGAAAUGGUUUACUGGUCCCGUGAUGAAUCUAAACCUAAGAAAGAGAAUCUGAAUCCUUGGGAAACGUUUUACCGUGCCCCCUCGGCUGAGGUAGAGAUGACUUCCUAUGCCUUGCUGGCCUACACUGUUGGCGAUCAGCCAGAGGCCGUCAUCAAUGCUAAACCUAUAGUGAUGUGGCUCAGUAAGCAGAGGAACGCCCAGGGAGGAUUCAGCUCCACUCAGGACACCAUCAUAGCCUUACAGGCACUCUCCGUGUAUGGCAGCUUGGUCCAUCAGGGAGGGAUGGAUAUUACUGUAGACAUCAGCGGCAAUAAAAUGUCAAGAGCUUUCAGUAUUAAGGAUGAAAAUAAACUUGUUCUGCAGUCAGGUCCUAUACCUUCUAUUCCCAAUGAUUUGACAGUAACAGUUAAAGGAGUGGGGUGUGCAUUAGUUCAGGCUAAUGUUAAAUAUAAUACUCCAAAACCUGAGACAAAACCCGAGUUUUCUGUGAAGAUGUCCACACACAGAUCCAAACAUGACGUAAACAACUGUGCUAAAAGAAGUAUCAACAUCUGUAUCAGGUAUGACGGAGCCAGUGUCCAGACAAAGAUGGCGAUUGUGGACGUGAAAAUGCAGACAGGAUGGGUGCCAGUUAGAGAAACCCUGGAUAUGAUGUUAUCAAAUGAAAUCAAGAGCAAGAUUGGUUUCCAGAAAUAUGAAAUAGACGGCAAUAUUGUCCAUUUAUACUUUGAUUAUUUUGAUGCCCACAGGAGAUGUUUUCUGUUUGAUGUACAGCAGGACAUAGAACUGAGUAACCCGGAACCCGCCUAUGUCAAAGUCUACGAUUAUUACGAAAAAGAUUCUUCAAAGAUAGUGCAGUAUGACAUUAAGACUAUCUGCGGUACUAAGGAAGAGUUACCGUUCCUUACACCAGAGGAAUAUGAGCGUUUGGUUACGGAUCCAGAUCGCCCCAUUUCUCAAGUUCGAGUACCCAUAGGUGUAUUGAUACCUGGUCCUCCGGGCAAGAAGUCUUGUCCUGUUUGUGAAGAUUCCUUCGAUACUAAAGCUCCAAAUUUCACCAAACUGGUUUGUGAAUCUGCAAGAAUUUUCAAGAUCAGGACAUCAAAGAGGGAUGGUGUGAAAUACUCCAUGAAACUGUAUGCUGACAUGAAGCCCAGGAAAAAGGUGUUCAUUGGAAAAUUUGUCAACCAUAUCAUACACAAGUCCUGUUCCUGUCCGAAUCUAGAAAAGAAAGACAAGAAGUUCCUGAUAUUCGACACUACAGAUAGUUACAGUGAUUCAGCAGAAGAAGUUCAAUUGACCAAAUCUUCAACAGUUGUAACGUGGACAAGAGACUUUGAGCGCCAAGUGUUCCGCAAAAACAAACGUUGUUAGCAGAUUAGGUUGAUAUCAGUUUCUGUAACUGCACGCUGUGUGUGAGAGAGUUCUUAAUCUCUAUGUUGUAUACAUGAGUCAUUGUACAUGUAAGCUUAUUGAGUUGUAUCAAACAGUCUCUUUGUCUUCAUCAUUUUAACAAUAAAGUGUACGUAUCGUACAUAUAUAGUUCUU